UUUGGCCUCAGCUGUUUGUUUAUGGGUUUGCAUCUGUAUUUUGGUUUACCAAUAAUACGUUUGGUGGCUAAUUAUACAGCAAUAGAGCUGAUAACUGAAAUAAGCUAAUUGGUUUAUUGGCAUGUUUAGUUUGUGUGUGUGCAUUACUAUCCAAAUGGUCACUUAAAAUCUUUAUCUUAUUGGUUAUAAGAAAGCGAGCAAAACGCGGGAAAUUAUUCAUAGUGUUAAGUGUAUAAUUAAGUGAAUUUCAAUCAAAAUGGAUACACAAAUUGAGAUAUCUGACGACGACGACAGUUUCAGUGGGCCAGGAUGCUCUAAAACUGCAGGAAAUUUCUUCAAAGACGAUGUAGUUGCAAUAAGUAGUGAUGAAGAGUUUAACAACAUUUCCAAUGAUAUACCUGCGUUAUCUGACGAUGAGGAGCUUCCAGAAGUCCAUUUACAGAGAAAGGCAGCCAUUAAGUCUUUGUUCGGUUCGAAAAAUAACAAAAAUGAUUCGAAAAAGGUUGAGAGUAAGAAGGCUCCAAUCAGAGCUUUGUUUCCUCAAAAGCAGAAUGUGAAUGUGCCUGUAGCUAAACCUGCGAAGAUCAGGCAGCCCAUAGAGGCUCCUAAACAAGUUUUUAAAAGGAUGAUUGAAGGUGUAAAUGUUACUCUGCCUGUAAAUCCAUAUGGGAGUCAGGUUGCAUUAAUGUCAAAGAUCAUCACCGCUAUCAAGAAAUCGGAGAACUGCAUACUGGAGAGCCCGACGGGAUCCGGGAAGACUCUUGCAUUACUCUGCGGAGCUCUUGCGUGGCAGCAGCAUGAACAAACUCGCAUAGGUCAGGUGCAAGUGCAGCAAUACUUCACCCAGUACCCUGAGCUCAAGCAGGAGGGGGUUGCGGAGUACAUCGGCAGUCCAGUGCAUCAGAAGACUGAUGUCACGCCUGAGAAGCUGUUCAGCAAGAAUAGUUUCGGUGAAAAAAGUAUAUACUACAAACCGGAGCAGGAUGGUGCGUCUUCCACCACCAAACGUCAGGAGAAGACUCCCUACAAGGAUGAAUCAGAUGAAGAAUCUUCGUGUAACCAGGUGACUAUUCACAAGCGACCACGCCUAACAUCCACGGAAUGUAUAGAUGACAGCAAGAAGAGUAUCCCUCACACCCCUGAGAAGACUACCGACGUUGUAAUACCUAAUACUCCUGAAAGUGUUAGAAACCUUUACAACCUGGUGGAAAAGCUUCGGAUCCGCACAUCCAUGUUUGUUGAUUGCAGCCUACCCACCAUUUACUACGGGGCCAGGACUCAUACACAGCUGAAACAAGUCAUUAAAGAGUUUAAGAGGACCUCGUAUUGUGGCCAAGUGAAAAUGACCCUUCUGUCUAGUAGAGAUAAGAGCUGUAUUAAGGACUUCGAUAGGAAUCUCUGGACUUCUAGGAAUGAUAUGUGCAGGGCGUGUAUUAAGCCGCUCAGAAAAAGCGAAAGGAGCGAAAAUAAAGAGAAUUCCAACUGCAAGUUCUACGAUAACCGAGUUGCCAUGAACCACGGCUGCAUGCCAGCUGCCUUUGACCUUGAAGAUCUGGUGGAAAUAGGCCGGGAAAGAGAAGCCUGUCCGUACUAUGGAGCUAGGGCGAUGGCGAAAACUUCCCAUAUUGUAUUCUGCCCGUACAACUAUCUGAUUGAUCCUUCUAUCAGAAAUAGCAUGUCAAUAGAACUGACGGGUGCGGUAGUGAUAAUAGAUGAAGCUCACAACAUCGAGGGUAUCUGUCGGGACGUCGCCUCCGUCAAUAUCACCCGGACACAGAUACAGAAUGCUAUCAAGGAACUGGAGUACGUAGCCGAGUAUCGCUUCCAUAACCCAGAAGUGGAGUCAUAUGUUGAAUCUCUACUGAAAACGCUCAAGAAUUGGGACGACUGGUUUGCAAACCAGAUACCGUUAAUAAACCAGCAACCAGUGAACAACAACGAGGCAGUUUACAAGUGGCAAACCGAACACUUCGUCGGCACACUCAACAACCACAACAUUGGAUAUAAACAGUAUAACGAAUUCAAGCACAACAGUGAGAAUUUCUGUCGUCGUCUUCGAGAAGACCCGCGGACGUUGAUGGGAGCCACUCAAGCCACCGGCACACUAUUGGAAUCUAUGGAUAUGGUGUUAGGUUUUCUGUUCCGCGGUGAGUGUAAAUAUAUGGAUGACUUCAAGCCGGCUCUCAUUCGGCACAUUACCGGGAAGACUAACUCCUUAUCUAGUAAUACUUCCUGGAGAGCCUCGCAGUUUAACGAGGACAAGAAAGACUGGAUAUCAAAAGACUCGUUGAGUCUCUCCCUGCUGUGCAUGAACCCUGGCAUAGUGAUGGAGGGACUGCACAAGUGCCGGUCGCUGGCACUGUCUUCGGGCACCCUGACGCCGCUGCUCAGCCUCCACUCGGAGCUGGCCACUGUCUUCCGGCACCAGGUGUCUCCCAGCCAUGUUAUACCUCAGGAUAGGGUAUGGAUAGGCUCUCUAAUAGGUGCGUCGGGCAAUCGGCAGAAGUUCACAUCGGCCGCUUCAGACAAUCCAGCGGCUCGCGCGUUUCUGGGCGCCGCCUUACUGCGCGUGUGUGAGCUGGCGCCGCACGGGGUGCUGUGCUUCCUGCCUUCCUACUCACUGCUGGAUAAGCUGGUUAGAGAUUGGCGCGAAACAGGCGUGUGGGAGAAGAUGAACAGAAUCAAGAACGUGUUCUGUGAGAAGAGGAACGAUAAAGAUCAUGAGGAGAUCAUGAAUGAUUUCUACCAAACAGUAGGUACAGAGAAGGGCGCGUUACUGUUCGCGGUGUACCGCGGGAAGGUCUCGGAGGGCAUGGACUUCAAGGACUACCAGGCGAGAGCGGUUGUGUGUGUGGGUGUACCAUACCCGAACACAUACGACACGGCGGUGAGCGCGAAGAUGGAGUACAAUAACAAACAUCUAAAGGAACGGAGUCUACUGACCGGCAGCGAGUGGCUCCGAGUGCAAGCAUAUAGAGCACUGAACCAAGCAGUGGGUCGUUGUGUCCGUCACCGCGGCGACUGGGGCGCCGUGCUGCUGGUAGACGCGAGAUACCAGCAGGAGUACUUUACCGAACACCUGUCUAAAUGGGUCAAGGGAUUUCUGGGCAACAACCACCACACAUACGAGAGUCUAGAAAGCAGCCCUAACGGCCUCGCAGCCUUCAUGCAGAGAAUGAAGAUAAUGCAACAAGAAGAAACCAUGUGACACUCUUACAAUAACCUAGAACAAUACUCGAACCUCCAUUUGAUAUGGUGGUAAGUUACGUGCCAGUUUUAACCUGAAUAAAAAAUGAAAUUGUAGUCCGACUUACAUAGGUACACGUCCCAACACAACUUAUGAUAAUUCUUCCCGUGCUCACUUCUCGUCGAAUAACUUUGCCACUGUAUAUCUAUAUGAUGCAUUGUGCAUGUAGAAUAAUGGUUUUGUUCAGACAUAUUGGCUGUUUUGCAGUCAUAAAGGUGCGUUUUGAAAGCAAGCUGUCGACCGCACUAGCGACUAUAUGAAAUCGGUGAAUAACUGAAGGCGACUACUAGCUUAAUGCAGUCGUAGUAUGUGCAGUUGGUAGCUGGCAUUCAAAACGUACCUUUAGCUGCCAACUUUAGUACGGCCAGGUGCCUAUUUGAUGAUAGCUGUGGAUUUCAAGGCAUUUGAUUAGGUAAAUCUAAUUAAUUAAUUUUAAGUUUAUCUUCCAGAGUAAAUCAGGUCCUGUAAUACGGUGCUAAACUUAGCAUUACACAUUAGCUCCAACAAUAUAUUUUAUUAUAAGCAUAGAGUAAGUACCAAAAUGACUGUGAUUGAAGUUAGAUUUUCGCAACCUGUGCAUAAUAAGAUCUGCAAGAAAAGUGUAACAAGCUUAAGUUAGUUACAAUAGAAAACAUUUUAUACGACAUAAACAUGAUUAUUAAGGCGCAGAAGUUGCAAAGCCUAACUCAGAAAUGAACUGUGUGAUUGAUUGAAUCUAAUAAAGGCCCAUACACCGACAAUGUAAAGGAAAGUUUUUCUUAAAACAUAUGCUUAGGUACUAUCAGCCUUACUUAUAAAAAUCUCUAUUCAUCUUCUAAGCAUCAUCUUAACUAAUUGCUACUUAAAGUCUUAAGUAGUGAUUAAAUGUUAGUUAAGACAUGCUUGAGCAACGUUUAUAAGAAUUUUCUUAAACAGCCCUUAAGUAUUACUUAUUAUUUCAUUCACGUUUAUAAGUAAAACUGCUUGAAUUUUAACGAUAAUAUUUUUAAACAGUAAUUUUAAGAAAAACGGACCUUUAUGUUGUAGGUGAAAUCUGGUCUAAGUAAGUAGUCAUAAAAUAGAAAAGAUGUGAAUUGUUUCCGAUAUUGAAUAUCGUGGAUAAGGGUC